UCAAAGUCUGUUGGAGAAGAAUCGAUGUGUUGGGGUGUCACAAGACUCUUUCCACACACAGCUGCGGAUUUCUUGCGAUGUGGAACCGUUCGUCUCAUCUGUUUGAUCUCGAUCGUCCAAAUAGUUUGAUCAGAUUCAUCUAAACGGGAUCUACGAUGACAAAUGUAUACACAACACACGUAGCAGCCGCUUGAAGAGACGAAAACAACCUCCUCCUCGCUCACAUGUUGAGCACCACCGCGCGGCCGUCAGCACUCUCGCCUUUCGCCUGCCUCCCUCCACACUAGCGACCGCCCCCCCUCUCCCUUCGAGAACAACCUCGGAGAGAGCUUCCUCUGUCACCGAGCUAUUCGCAUUCCAAGCAUCUGGACUGCUUCAACUUGGGUUCCUGAACUCAAGGAAGCGAUGAUUGCACCCCUGAUGGAUGUCAGCAGCGUGGGGCUGAAGGCCAAUGCAUGCUUCGGCCAUGUCAAACGUGGAGUUCUUGGCAGUGGGGAGAGUGGGAUUUGGGGGGAUGGGUCCGCAGGCGCCUCUAGAAUUAGGGCUUGGGAAUCAAAGGUGGCGAAGAAUGUCAAAAGUGGCCGCUGGGUUGGAGGGUUCAAGGCGGGCGUUGCGUUCUCUGAUCUCACUUCGGAUGUCAACCAGGAGACUCUGAUAAAUGAUCCAUACGUUAUCCAGGCUCCAAUGUUUGGAAAACAUAAGCCAGACCCCAAGAGUGUUGCAUCGAUCAUUUUGGGUGGAGGACCCGGAGCUCAACUUUUUCCUCUCACAAGUACAAGAGCCACACCUGCAGUUCCUGUUGGGGGAUGCUAUAAGCUUAUUGACAUUCCAAUGAGCAAUUGCAUUAACAGCGGCAUAAACAAGAUAUUCAUCAUGACACAAUAUAAUUCAGCUUCCCUAAAUCGCCAUAUUUACCGUACAUUUAAUUUUGGCAAUGGAAUCAACUUUGGGGAUGGAUUUGUCGAGGUUCUAGCAGCCACUCAGUCACCUGGUGAAGCUGGAAUGAACUGGUUCCAGGGUACAGCAGAUGCCGUGAGACAAUUCACUUGGGUAUUUGAGGACAACAGGAAUAAGAACAUUGACUACAUAAUGAUUUUAUCUGGUGACCAGCUAUAUCGUAUGGACUACAUGGAUUUUGUGCAGAGACAUAUUGAUACUGGUGCAGAUAUUACCAUAUCAUGUGUGCCUGUCAGCAGCAGCCGGGCAUCUGACUAUGGAAUAGUGAAGAUUGACAAGGCAGGUCACAUCAUCCAAUUUUCAGAGAAACCCAAGGGAGCUGAUUUGGAAGCUAUGAAGGAUGAAAACACCUUCUUCAGAUUGUCUCAUCAAGAUACUAUAAGAUAUCCCUAUAUUGCAUCGAUGGGGGUUUAUGUCUUCAACCGAAAUACUCUACUGGAGCUUCUAAGGUGGACAUACCCAAAAGCAAAUGACUUUGGACUAGACAUCCUUCCUUCAGCUGUUAAAGCAUAUAAGGCUCAGGCAUAUAUUUUUGAAGAUUACUGGGACGAUAUUGGAACAAUCAAGUCAUUCUAUGAUGCAAAUUUGGCACUGACAGAACAGCCUCCAAAGUUUCAGUUUUACGAUCCGAGGACACCCAUCUUCACGUCGCCUCGAUUUCUACCACCAACUAAAAUAGAAAAAUGCAGAAUUCUUGAUUCGAUUAUUUCACAUGGAUGCUUCUUACAUGAGUGUAGCAUUGAGCAUUCCAUAGUGGGAGUGCGCUCACGUAUAGACUAUGGUGCAGAGCUAAAGUUUUUAGUCAUCAGAGCGAAGCUUCUCAAGUGUGUGAGGCUUCCAGCAAUGCGGAGUUUAGGGAAGGAUGCAUUGAUGCUGGGUGCUGAUCUCUACGAAACUGAAGCUGAGCUUGCAUCUAUUCUGGCAGAAGGUAAGGUUCCUAUCGGGGUUGGACAAAACACAAAAAUCAGGAAUUGCAUCAUCGACAUGAAUGCUAGGAUAGGAAAGAAUGUGGUUAUCGCUAACAAAGAUGGCGUCCAAGAAGCUGAUAGGCCAAGUGAAGGAUUCUACAUCAGAUUUGGAAUCACAAUAAUUAUGAAGAAUGCAACCAUCAAAGAUGGAACUGUCAUAUAAAAGAAAUGCCAGUUCUCGACGUUUUUCAUCAGAUCGGAAGUAUGGAGAAUCUAUGAAUUGUAAAGAGAAAUUUCUUAAACUUUUUUCUUAUAGUGUUGAUGGUUGUCUUCCUAAAUAA